CUACAGCUGCCAUUAUUCUAUGUAACUUUCCAUGUGUAAUCAGGAAGUGGUUUAGUUGGACGUGUGCCUCAAGUUUCAUUCAUUUUUACAAUCUUGAGUUUGUUUUUGUUGGUGGAGUCUGAAUACCUUAGAAAUGGUUGAUACCACAACUUUGUGUUUGUUUGAUGUGGAUGGCACCCUAACAGCACCUCGGCAGAAAGCCAUCCCAGAAAUGCAUGCAUUUCUUAAGAAGUUAAGGAACAAUGUGAAAGUCGGGGUCGUUGGAGGAUCAGACUUGGACAAAAUUAAAGAACAGCUAGGAGAAGAUGUUAUUACAAAAGUUGAUUAUGUUUUUGCUGAAAAUGGCCUUGUUGCAUACAAAGAUGGCAGCUUCUUGAGCAGACAGAGCAUUCAGAAUCAUAUGGGAGAAGAUGUACUUCAGGAAUUCAUUAACUAUUGCCUCACCUACAUUGCCAAAAUCAGGUUGCCUAAAAAGAGGGGCACAUUUAUUGAAUUUCGAAAUGGAAUGAUAAAUGUUUCUCCCGUUGGAAGAAGCUGUAGUCAGGAGGAGCGAAUUGAAUUUUAUGAGCUUGAUAAAAAAGAAGGUAUACGUGAAAAGUUUGUGAAUGAUUUAAGAAGAGAAUUUGCUGGAAAAGGACUGACAUUCUCUAUAGGAGGACAAAUAAGUUUUGAUGUUUUUCCUGAAGGAUGGGACAAAAGGUAUUGCCUGAAACACGUAGAGGAAGAUGGACUCAAAACCAUCCAUUUCUUUGGAGAUAAAACCAUGCCAGGUGGAAAUGAUUAUGAAAUUUUUACAGACUCGCGAACAAUAGGUCAUUCAGUGACAUCCCCAGAAGAGACCAUGCAACUCUGUGAAAAGCUGUUCCUGCACUAAAGAGUUUUUAUCUCUUCAGAAUUCAUCUCAGAGAUUGGAAUGAUAGACAUCUGUGUCCACCUAAGUAUUUCUGCAAAAACAAACAUUUGUUGUAUUGGGGAUUGUUUUUAUCCAUGUGAAAAGCACUGUCCAAGAGUGAAUCCCUUUAGGGAUACAGAACUCUCCUGAGAUUCAUACUAGAUUGUCUACAGAUAUUUAUUAUCAUUGCUCAGUGCAUGAAGAGCUGUACCUCUGUGUGAAAAUGUGCAGCCCAGUAAUGCUCACUGUUUGCACAUAAAGAAAAAGACAUAAACAAAUGAAGGGUUAUAAGGGGUUUCUGAAGUAUUUUUUUUUUUUGUUGUAGGUGUAUUUACAGUUAUUGCCUUAACUUAACCUGUGGGCUAUUUAAAUGUUUGGCGUUUGCUGUUUCUUUACUCCUUCCAAGGUACAGGUUUUGCUACUUCACUUCCUAAUCAGGAAUGAAGGUAGAUGUUUUAGUAACACUUUAUUUUAUUUAGUUGGUGGACUUUGUGCCAGGACUAACCUUAAAUAUGGGUGACCUAGGUAGACACCUACAAAGUGCCACUGCACAAUUAUUGUGUAGUAUGGAGAGGGACUUGUUUUAUUUUUUAUGUUCUUAAAUUGUCUACUACACUGUGAGGUGGAUGGUGUGUAUGAAUGCUAUGCAGCGGGACAAUGUUAUGACUGGAAACAACAUGCAGUAACAGGCUCAGUGAGUAUGAAUGUGAGUACAGGUACAUAUACUGCCUUCCUUCUCCCACCUAUGAUCUGCUCUUUAACAUUCUGUCAUUAUGCUAGUCAUAAUGAAUGCUGGGUAAGAAUCCUGGGAAAUCAGAGCAAAAGUUGAACUAGCAGCAUGUCACAAGAGUAAAUGAGUAUAAUAGUUUCUCAGAACGUGCUUUAUACUGCAUUUCGUCUCCCUACCCCUUAGGUUCUUUUUCCAGAUCCAAUUGUCUGUUCUGAUCAGUUUUGUCACAUCUACACUGGCUGUUGCUCUGGGCUUAAUUUUGUAAGCAAAGUGACAAGUGUACUGGAAAAACUGCCUCUCUUAUAUAUACAAGUAGUAGUUCAAUGUUCUAAUUCAGUCUGUAAACACAAAGCACAUGGUGGGUGGACUAAGGUUUCAAGUAACGAAAGUACUCUUGAUAGGCAAGAGGAGGAAUACCCACCUUAUGGAGUGUAAAAACAUGGAGUUCCUGACUGGGGGG